CUAAAAACAAUCCGCUAUCCAUUAUAUGCAUUGUAUAGACUAGUUUGAAAGUUGAUAAUCCCUCUCAAGUCAAGAAAAAUGUCAAAGAAACGGAAAAGUGCAAGUUUCCCAGAUGAAGAGACGAAGAAAAAGAUGAAGCUUGAUAUAUCUUCAUCAAGCGGAUCGAUCUCUGACGUUAAACAAGAAGAAGAUGGCUCAGAAGAGGGUGUUAUUGAUCCACCAGCAAGUGCAGUAGUUGAUAGCCAAGGCAGCUUGAGCCCAUUAAUGGAGAAUAAACCCAGAAACUUUGAUGAUAAAGAUUUUUCAUUUGGGUCGGUCCCAGCAAGCAAUCAUGAUCAUGAUUCCGAAACUAAGAAGACAGGAAGUUCAUCUUCAUCGUUAACGGAAUCAGCAAGUAGCAGCAGCAUAAAUGAGAGAACCCUCAUUUACAAGAAGAGCUUAACCCGUGACGAUGUCUUCUACUGCAGGCUCAUGAUUCCACUAGAAUAUGGUAGAGAAUUCCUCCCUGAACCUGAGAAACAUGAAGGAAGAUAUGGCAUCAUAGAAAUAUCAGUGAUGGACCAUGAGAGACAGAUCUGGGAGAUGGAGGCUGCAUUCGACGAGCUGAGCAGCUCCUAUAUGUUUUGGUUGAACUGGGACAAAUAUGUGAAGAAAUAUGAAUUGGAGCCCGAUGAUGUGAUUUUCUUUUAUGAUGAUCCCACUAUUGAACACCUCUUCAUUGAAUAUGAGAAAAGAAGCGCGACAGCAAUCCCAAAGAGACAGCUUGAGGCUAUAUAACAAGAGAAAGCCUUUUUUGGUGGGUGAAUGCAUUCAGAAUCUAGCUAGGUAAUUAAUAUUGUUUCUUCUUAUCUUCAUCAAAUUCAACAAAGAAGACUCGGUUUUAAUUAGCUCUUUACAUGCAUGUAGAAUCUCGCUUUCCAUAUGUAUCAUCUACAUUCAUAGAACAUACGAUUGAGAUCAGAUUUGCUGUUUGAAAAUGUCUUAGGUUGUGAUGAUAGAAAAGUACUGAUAGCUAGAAGAAGGAAAAGCCCAUAUCAAAAUCUGAAUUAUUCUGUAUUUUUCUUGAUUCUGAAGGUUGUUAGAAGAGGCUUAAACA